UCGGGCCCAACCAGUCUAAAUCGCUACAAGAAGCUUUAUUUUUCUGCUCUCUUCUCUCCCCUUUUUCCUACGCGUCUAAAACCCUUGUGAAUCUAUCUGCCGAGAUCAUGAAGCUAGUCCUCGAGUUCGUCCUGCUGUGCACCGCGGUCGCCUUCGUCGUCGCCCAGGAGGCACAAGAGCGACCGAAAACCUUCCGACGGUUGAUACCCGCUGACGUUCUUCGCGAUUUCCCCGGCAUGUGCUUCGCGUCGACCAAGUGCGCGACUAUCGAGCCGACGAAGACGUGGGAGCUGUCGCCGUUCUGCGGCCGUUCCACGUGCGUGCCCGCUGACGACAAUUCCGGCCGUCUGUUCGAGCUGGUGGAGGACUGCGGCCCGCUGCCGAAGGCCAAUCCUAAGUGCAAGCUCUCCGACAAGACCAACAAGACCGCGAGCUUCCCCGACUGCUGUCCGAUCUUCGAGUGCGAGGACGGCGCCAAGCUCGAAUACCCGGACAUCCCGACCCUGCCACCGCCCACCGACGUGGAUGCCGCGAAGGCGCAGCCGGCAGCCGCGGUACCGACUGCCUAAGUCGAUAGCAACGAAAACUGCUGCCACCACCGGAGAGAAGGUUGCGGUGUAGCCUCUUCGAUAAGAUCAAUCGGUCCCGAAAUGCAUCCCUUUAAUAUUGCAGAUCUGUCGAUGUGCAAAAACGACGUGCAGUGAAUACACAUUUGAGAACUUUAUUUCUCUCGAGAGCGACUCUGGAUAGAAAGACUUACCUAUAGUUCGACAUUUAGUGUGUAAAAUAUAUAUUUAAACCAAAUAUUAAGCAUUCACAGCCGAUGAGAAAAUUAGUUAUGCUUAAUGAUAUUUCUCGGAGAAAGAAUCAAUGUCGUGCAAUAGCAAUCGAACGGUAUGUCAUCAUACAUUGCGUUAGAUGCAAAAUUUCUUCAGAUCCAGCUAUUUGUAGCUACUAAUCGCUCGAUUACAAAUUGUUUUAAUAAUCGUCAGGAUUGCGCAACAUUGAUCGUUGCCAAGCAAUCCCACGCCGAUCGCGACGAGGCCAUACCGCAGUACCGCUCACCGUUUAAAGUGAUCCGAUUCCAUACACGAUGCAGAAUAAUAAGCUAAAUGUAUAUAAAUUCAGACCGCGCCUUUGCAAAUUGCGAGCACGAUAAAAGCUUUUGACGCACUCAUUCUCUCUCCGUUUCGUCCUUUAUUAUAAUUCCUUGACUCGUCAUGAUAUUGCUAGGGUUUUUUAUAUUCUAUAUGCCCAAUUCUUGCAUAAUUUAGUGAUUAAAAGUUUCAAAAGAUUGAGAGAUAAUAGAGAAACAAUUUUGCAAAAUGCAUACAAUGCCGCACAAAAAAUUUAAAAAGAUUGAAAGUUAAUCCAAAAAGUGUUUAAAAAGAUUUAAUUAAAAAUACAAGAAUGUAUUCUAAGGCUAGCUAAAAAUAUGUUCUAAAAUUAACGGAUGACAGAAUUUAUUAAAAGAUUUAUUUCUAAAAUAAUCAAAGAGCGGUCGAAAAGAUAUUUUUUAGAUAUUUUUUAACCUCUUCUAAUUAUAUUCAAUUGGUAACGGCGCACUUCUCUAGUUAAGUCAACUUAAACCUUCCUCAGCAUAUGAUAAAUUUCCACAGCAGAGUCUGGCGUAUGUAUUGCAAACAUGUGUGAUUGUAAUUAUAUGUGAUUAAAUUAAUACUUAUUUAAUUC